CGAAUGCACAACUGCAGCAGAUGGCACUAUUGGAAACGGAAAUAAUAGAAGAUCGAUUUUGCUGUCACCGGUUGCCCGGCUGCUCGGUGCCGUCACCGUUCGCGCACCGUUCGCACCAUCACCGAUGCCCACGAAACGACGCGGUGAUCAAUUGAGGGAUUGUUCCGUUACAUUACCAUUGGAUAUUCUAUGGUUACCCAAAGCGGCUAUGAGGCCCUUCGGGCCAGAUCCUUCACACUCCGAUUGCGUCCUCGUUGUAGGCGUAUCGAGGCCUAAACUGGCAGCGCUCUUUCUUUCGGUGAUGCUGCUAUCGCUCUUUCUAACGUUUCACAUCCUGUACGAUAGUGCGGUGUACAGCAUACAGGCGGCCACUGCUAUUUCGGAGAAUAAAAUAGCCAUACUGACAAAUCACAUACCCAAUCCACCGGUUAUCAAUCAGCCUGUCGUGUUUCCGAACCGAAUACACUUUCCCAAAACUAGCCGUAGGUUACCACAAUGUUUAAUAAUAGGAGUGAGAAAAUGUGGCACACGCGCCCUGCUCGAGAUGCUGUACUUGCAUCCAAGGAUACAGAAGGCCGCCGGCGAGGUGCAUUUUUUCGAUCGCGACGAAAACUACCUGAGGGGGCUCGAAUGGUACCGGAAGAAGAUGCCACACUCCUUCCGUGGCCAGAUAACGAUCGAGAAGAGCCCCAGCUAUUUCGUGACACCAGAGGUUCCGGAACGAGUCCGAGCGAUGAAUGCGUCCAUCAAGCUGCUUCUAAUUGUAAGGGAACCCGUAACGAGAGCAAUAUCCGAUUACACACAGCUUCGAAGUCACGCGGCGACGGCAACACUACCCCAGCAACAGAGUCUAUCGUCAACUUCUCCUCUGUCGAGGUCGUUUGAGGAGUUGGCCAUCCUGCCGAACGGAACGGUCAACGAGGCGUACCGACCGUUGGCCAUCUCGCAGUAUCACGUGCACGUGCACCGUUGGUUGGAGGUGUUCCCCCGCGAGCAAUUACUGGUCGUCAACGGUGACCAGCUUAUCGACGAUCCGGUUUCGCAGCUGCGCCGCAUUGAGGAUUUUUUAGGCAUCGAGCCACGGAUCGGUAGCAAUAACUUCUACUUCAACGAAACGAAAGGCUUCUACUGUCUGCGAAACGAGACGGGCGACAAAUGUUUACGGGAGACGAAAGGCCGGAAGCACCCACGCGUCGAUCCGGUCGUGAUAUCGAAGUUGCGUAAGUUCUUCGUUGAACACAAUCAAAAAUUCUACGAACUCGUCGGCGAAGACCUCGGUUGGCCGGAAGAGUAA